AUGAGAAUUGUGAUCUUCUCCAAAAGGUCGGGAUCGAUCGAUCCAUGCGAGGAAACAUCGAUCCUAGGGGAACGAUCGAUCUGUGAAGCUCCUGGUGAAAGCGUUGGAAUCCACAUGAAGUCCCUGCCAAUUUCACGCUCCAUUUGCUCGGUUUUGCUCAUUUUCACCUCUUGUCCUCUUUGUGAUCCGAACUCCACCAAGAACGUCUUUAGAAUUGAAAUGACUCCAAACUCCAUUAGUCUCUCAGAAUUCAAGAUUUUCCAGUACAGACCUUCAACUCCAGUAAUACAAAACAACUACCGCAUUGGUGAUUACUGCAAAGACAAGAGACUCGUGGAGUAUUGUGGAGAUUUAUGUGUUGUUCUUCGUUUAUGUAAGAUAUUCCGCGUGAAGGGAGUUGAUAAAGAGAGGACGGUUGGUUUCAAGGUUUAUAAGAUGGACAAGAAGUUGGUAGAGUGGGUUGAGGUUAGUUCCUUGGGAGACAAGGCAAUCAUUAUGUGUAUGGAGAGUUGUUUAAUGGUCUCAGCCUCCGAGUACUAUGGAUGUUUGGAGAAGGCUAUCUACUUCACUGAUGAUGAUGGAAGAGAUAAACGGAAGGGUGAAGAUAUUGUUAAAGUGUUCAAGCUUGAAGGUGGCAUGAUCGAUUCUUCUUCACAGAGUUUUUUAGAGAUGUUCACUCCUCCCUUUCUCUGA